AUGGCCGCCAAAACGAAAUUAUCUAACCCCUUGAACGGUAUGCACACAGCUGGUAUUUUCUCCGAUAUGAGCAUCGACGGUCCUGAUAUUGGAACUCUCGUCCUUAUUAUCGAUCGAGCGAAGAAUCUUCCGAAUAGAAAGACUAUCGGGAAGCAAGAUCCUUACUGUGCUGCCCGGUUAGCGAAGGAGGCCAAGAAGACGACUACAGAUAUUAGAGGUGGACAGACUCCAAAAUGGGAUCAAGAACUCCGAUUUAAUGUGCACGACUCACCUGAUUACUACCAAUUGAAGCUAUCUGUAUUCAACGACGAUAGGAAGACGGAGUUAAUAGGCGAGACGUGGAUCGACUUGCGUGAUAUAGUUGUAAGAGGCGGCGGUCAGAGUGAUCAGUGGCACACUUUGAAUUGUAAAGGAAAAUAUGCUGGCGAGAUCAGAAUCGAGAUCACGUAUUACGACAGUCGCCCGAAGCCUGAAAGGCCCACAGCAAAGCCAAGUAUGUCUGCACUCAACUCUGAGGCGGAGACUGCUGGUGCAUCUCAGAAAUCAGCAGUGAAGAGACGACCGCUGCCAUCUGAUCCCGUUACAGGUCAAGCGCCCUCACCACCGAUGGUAGACCAAGUCCACACUCCACCACGAGCCCAGCCAAACCCCCCGACUACAUUUGCCCCGACUCAACCACCAUUACAGGCCGUCGAAUAUAGCACAUCGCCCUCAGCCAGGCCCAGUCACCAGCUUGAUCAAUACCCCCCAUCGCAUACUAGUAGCAGCCAAUACUCGACACCACCUCAUCGGGUCGAUCACCCACAACAUCGAACAUUAGAUAGGAACUACCAGUUCCCUCAGGAGAACGAACACCCACACCAGCUAGAUCCUACUUAUUCCCGAUCAUAUGAGCAAGAUCCUAGAGCAUCUUUCAGUUAUAGCCAACCACCUUACGAGUCUUCAUCAUUAGUUCACCAUUCUCGACAACCGUCUGAACAAGAUGACCGCCCACCACCUCCACCGGUGCACCGAGUUAGAAACUUGAGUGGCAGUUCGCAUGAGCUGGUGCCUCGCGGUAGCUUCGACGCGUUACAACACAAGGCCACGCCGCCUAUGAGGCACGAUGUUUUACGGAGCGAGGCACAGCGUUACUCGGUGUCUUCACCCUCGUCAUCUUAUCCUGGCCGACCUACGUAUCGUCCAUACGAUUCGGCACCAGAUAUGCAAAAUGCAGCCCAUUAUCACGAGAGCGAGAUUGUUCAUCAAUCAGCUCCUCGACACCAUUCCUAUGAUUCAGCUUAUGAAUCACAUCAUCGAUCUAUGCAGCCUACGGUGGAGGAUGUUCCGGAAUCUUGGACACCACCCAGCGCGAGAAGUCGAGUGAGCGGGUCGCAAGCAGUCGAAUAUGAACGGGAUUAUCAUCAAGCCACAAGUCCUGCACCGCUGAAUCUAAGUGGGCGUGGUAGCGCGGAGCCUGCCCAUUAUAACCCGUCCCCUCUUCAAUCUCAACAGCAUUACGAUCCCAACCGCUAUAGCCCCUCGCCAUCGCCAAUGGCCACUGAGGAUUACUCACAAGCUCUCACUCUAGUGUCUCGAUCAUACCCGAGACACAAUGACUAUACUUUAAGUCACCCGAGUGAAUUAGAAGACAGCUAUAUUCACACACCGGGCGAUUAUGAUCCACCUUCAGUACCUCCGACUCUUGUGCCAGGAGUUGAUCCGGCUUUCGCACGCGAGAUAUCGGAUCGAUAUCAUCAGGAAAGGAAGCAAGGCCGUCGGUAUACUCAACCGCCCCCCGUGCAUCCUACAACUCGAGGGAGACAGCAAAGCGAGCCUCCGUCAAAUUACCUAGUGAAAUACUCCCCUAAUGGUCACCAUCCAAGCAACUCGAGAAACUAUGAUAGAAGCCCAGUUGCUUAUUCAAGUGGACCUACUACACCUUCGGGAGCGCCACCAGUGUCGGCACCUCGGGGAGUUUCUCCAAACCCGGGCACUAACCACACCAUCAAACGCAAAUCCGUUAGUCCUGCCCCUCCCCCGUCGGAUGGCCGGCGACUUUCAGGGGUACCGUUUGGUCCCGACUCUUAUGAUGCUCUGAAUCCUACCGUAGCGAAGGAUGUGGCGAAAGGUUCCGAAUACACAAAUGCGGAGGGGAAAAUAGUGACUCCAGAUGGUCGAGAGAUUGACCCCUCAGAUCACUUACCUAUGGACACCUGGGCACCAGAACCAGAGCCGAAGAAGCCAGUCGAAACCCCCCAGACACGGUCACGUCCGAUGCCCGCAGGCGCACAACCGAUGCCACCGUCUGGUCGACGCGCGCCCCGUGAGGCCCCUCGACCGUCGUCGUCGGCUGGUAUACCACCAUCGACGUAUGUUGGUUCUGAAUUGGUGCUUUCUUCAAGUGCGGGGCGUAAUCGCCUACAGAAGAAGGCACACCGUGCGUCAGCCCUGCCGGCACCGAUUUCUUCAGGACCCAGUCCACUCGGCCCUUCUACCCCCCAUCAACGUAACAGUACGCCUCCACGAGCUCUUGUUCGCGCCAGCACAUUUGACUACGAAAACCACGGUCCUGGUGGCGCUCGUUCGGGAUACGGCAGUGGACCGCCAAUUCCGGCCAAAAUACCGAUGAUGAGUGGUGGACUGGGACCAUCCCCUGGGCGAGGAGAGGAAGAUUGGGCGCUCAUGGAAGAAAUGAGUAGGAUUGAUAUUGGCACAGGUAGAGCACGAAGACAUGGAGGUUAUUGA